CACUUCCUGAACGCUGCCCAAAUAUGUGGAGUUACAAGCACAGGAUAACCUGUAAUAUACUGGACCUUCGACCCACCAGCCCAGGAACUAAAAUCCCACAGCAAGGCUGUUUGCACGAGCUGGCGUAAAGUAUGUUCCUUUGGCGAUAUCUGGCACUGCUCCUGCUGAUAACUGUUCAAGUAAGCAAAGCUCAGAGAUGUGAUGAAUUUACAGAUCUAGAUAUCAGUCACGCAAUCAUUGGAACCAACAUCAGGACUAGGCUGCUGCUGUACACCAGGGACAAUGGCACCUGUGGUACACUCAUGUCCCACACCGACCUGUCUGCCCAUCCCCAGUUUAACUUGUCCAGACCAACCACCUUCGUCAUUCACGGGUAUCGGCCCACGGGAUCUCCACCGAUGUGGUUGCACAGCAUCACGGAGCUGCUGCUGGCCAGGAAAGACAUUAACCUCAUAAUAGUGGACUGGAACCACGGAGCUGCUAAUGUGAAUUAUUUCAAGGCAGUGGAAAACACGCACAAGGCGGCCGACAACCUCACUGCUUUCAUUAAAAAGAUGCAGGAGCACGGCGCCUCUCUGAGCUCCAUCCACAUGAUCGGAGUCAGCCUUGGGGCUCAUAUAUCAGGCUUUGUAGGUGCCAACCUGAAUGGGUCGAUUGGUAGAAUUACAGCUCUGGAUCCUGCUGGGCCUCAGUUCACUGGCACUCCUCCAGAGGACCGACUGGACCCCACAGACGCCCAGUUUGUGGAUGUCCUGCACACAGACAUAGAUGCCCUGGGCUUCAGAGAACCUCUGGGUCACAUCGACUUCUAUGCCAAUGGGGGAACAGACCAACCUGGCUGCCCAAAGACCAUCUUUUCUGGAGGGUCCUAUUUUAAAUGCGACCACCAGAGAUCAGUGUUGCUCUACCUCGACUCUGUGAAUGGGACGUGUGCCAGCCAGGCCUUCCCCUGCUCCUCCUACAAAGACUUUCUGGAUGGCGACUGUUUGGGCUGUGACCAGUUCGGUGCUGCUGGAUGUCCCGUCUUUGGUUAUGACGUCACAGAGUGGAGAGACGUCCUGCUGAGGCUCGGCCAAACCAAAAUGUUCUUCACCACAAAUGCUGCGUCUCCGUUCUGCAAGACGAACUACCGGGUGGACGUGAUGAUAUGGAACAAGGACAUGCGCUCGGGAUACAUCACUGUUAAGCUUCACAGCAACGGAAAAGAAGCAGUGGCAACCAUUGAUCAUAAAGCUGCAAAGUUCAAGAGCUACACAGAGACCAGGCUGUUUGCCCAGUUUGACAAAGACCCCCAGUCAGUGGAAAAGAUGUCUCUCAAGUUCUCCACCGGGAAUGUAUUCAAGCCCAAAUAUAAGCUCCGCGUUCUCCGAAUCCGACUCACACAUCUAGAGCACAUGGACAGGCCUCUCUGUAGGUAUGACAUUGUUCUGGAGGAGAACAAAGAGGUGAGCUUCAGGCCCAUUCCCUGUGAGGAAUCCAACUUCUGACAGGAGAUCAGACUCCGGGUCGAAAUAUUUCACUGCUCGACAUUCAGCCGACUCUUCAGCCACUCCAGCAUUGUACAGGACUGCACCACUCGCAUAUCAAAAGUACAACCCUGGCAGGAUGUGAUCAUUUGUGAUACGAAAAUUGAAUGUGAUAUAUUAUGUAUAUGUGUGUUUAAGAGAAUAUAUAUGUCUUUUUUUUUUUUUUAGAAAACGAAAAGGGGACAUUUCACUUUUCUUUCAUGCGUUUGAAAGUGAAUUAAUCUCAAAUGACUUAUGAUGACAAGCUGUUGCAGUAACGGAUUUUUUUUACUGCAAAAUGAUGCUGGUUUUAAAGGAACAGGGGACAUUUUUAGUCUUUUUGUGCUCUCAGGCUCUUGUUUGUCUCUGAAAAUCACACCAGCAAUGUUUCCCUGAGGUCACAAUUUAGUCUCAGUAAGACUGAGAGAGAGAACUGAUGAUUAUCAGUCAAACAUAAUCCAGACAUAAAGUAUUGCUUUGUGGAAUCACAAAUUUACGUUUAAGACUGAAAAGGUAAUAAGUAUUAAUCAUUUUUUACUUGAUCCCAGACUUUUGUGUUCCAGGAGAUACAAGCAUGAUUCCAAAUACGUUGGGACGCUGUGUAAACCAUAGAUAAACUUCAUAUUACUACACGCAUUCAGGAACAUUUCAGAAAACCAAUGACUUCAAACACAUUUUGCUUUUAAAUGACUGCAUUCUGUUUUUACUGACGUUUCACACAGCGUCCCAACUCUUCUCGAACCAGGUUGCACUUCCUCAAACAAACAUGGAUAUUUUUAACAUAUGACGUCAGAAUUCAUUCUUAUUGUUAAUAAAAUCUCAAGU